AUGAGCCAAAGAAAUCAACAACUUAUUUUUUAUUUUUGCGAUAUUUUCUUUCUAACGAAAGAUUUCUUGCGUGACCACAAUGCAUACUUUUUUCUGGUAUUAAAAGUUACCGAUAUUUUAAAUCUUCGCGUCUUGAAUAUCAUAAUGGAACACCAUAUGCAUCAUUCAAACCAUGAAAGUCCUAUUGAUGACAUGGAUCACAUGCGACAUGAGGAAGUUAACAGUAUAAAUGGUUCUCACAUGGGAAGCAGUUUGGAUGGAAUCUUUAAUAUGACCAGUGGAGAUAUAAACCUUAUAAAUGAUGGAGUUGGAACUAGAGCUCAUGAAGGUCACCAUCAAAAUCAUCACCAAGCUGGACAUGAAAUGAGCAUGACUUUUCAUGGGGGCUACAAAGAAGUCAUUCUCUUCUCUUGGUGGAAAGUCUCUGAUGUGGGGGAGUUCUUUGGAUCAUUUUUAGCAAUAUUUCUUAUUGCCCUAUGUUAUGAGGGGCUUAAAUAUUAUAGAAAGCAUUUGCUAUGGAAAACUUAUACGGGGCUUCAAUAUUGCGCUGUAUCUCCACCAGAUAAGGGUGUUGCAAAUAUUUGUGCACCAGAUGAUCCUCAAGUUAUACAACCUGUUCCACACGCCCUUGACAGAAACAUACCUACAAUGAUGAGUACUGCACACGCUUGGCAAACAGUGUUGCAUGGGUUCCAAGUACUUGUAAGUUAUAUGUUAAUGUUAGUGUUUAUGACUUACAACACAUGGCUCUGUGCUGCUGUCGUCCUGGGCUCUGCUACUGGUUAUUUCCUCUUCGGUUGGCGUGAGUCAGUCGUUGUGGACUUUACGGAACAUUGUCACUGA